ACAUCAAGAAUAGUAAAUAAAUAAAUAUUUUCUAACCUGACCAUAAAAAUCGUGUUAAUGUUUGUAAAAAUUAACAACGUAACGAAAACAAGGGCUGCACAUAGUAUACAAAUUGCGUCGAAUGAACAAAAAUUGAUACAUGUUAAGAACUAUGAUAUAUUAAAAUAUCAUGAUGAUGGCACCAUUAAUACUGGCUUUUGUACUAGGAAACAUCUGCAUCAUCACAGCUCAAGGAUGCAACCGGAGUCCAUGUGGUAUUGGUGCCACAUGCCAGGAAGUAAUUGGUGGACGGCCCGUGUGUUCAUGCCCGGCAGGAUAUAAUGGAAACCCUCUAACGCAAUGCAAAAGGUCGGAAUGUUUAGAUCACAGUGAAUGCAGAGCUGAUCAAAGUUGCAGAAACGGGCUUUGUGUAAAUCCAUGUUUAGGUGUUUGUGGUAUAAAUGCAAACUGCGAGGUUAGAAGUCAUAUUCCAGUUUGCAGCUGCCCCAGUUAUAUGACUGGCGAUCCAUUCGAAAGCUGUCGGCUCAAAAACCCUGACGUGCUUUGUCAUCCCAGUCCAUGUGGCUCGAACACGAAAUGCGAAGUAAUAAACAGAAUUCCAACAUGUUCUUGCUUAGAGGGAUUUAUUGGCUCUCCAUCAACAGGAUGCCGUCACGAGUGUGAAAGUGACUUCGAAUGUAGUCCGCAAGAAUUUUGUUCUCAUUUUAAAUGCACUAGCGCAUGUUCACAAUGUGGCAAAGGAGCAUCGUGCUCCCGAGUAACUCUUCACCGCGCAGUUUGUGAAUGUCCUGAAGGGUAUAUUGGUAGUCCAUACACUGAAUGUCGAGCGGAAUGCUAUAGAGAUCUUGAUUGCCCCUUAAUAAGACCAGUGUGUAUUUAUGGGACGUGUAAAAACCCCUGCGAUGGUUCUUGUGGGAUAAACGCAAACUGCAAUCUUCGAGGAGUCACGCCAAUAUGCAGUUGUCCACGUGAAAUGACAGGCAACCCAUUUUUUCGUUGCCAACCGUUUACAAAAGAGGAUUUAUGCACGCCGAAUCCCUGUGGCAUCAACGCUAUAUGUACACCCGGUUACGACCGAAAUAACCGUGAACGCCCUGUAUGCUCUUGUUCCCCAGGUUACACCGGCAAUGCUUUAUUAAAAUGCAUUAAAGGAGAAUGCCAGAGUGACGGUGAGUGUCCGGACCACAAAGCAUGUAUUCAUUAUCAGUGUAUAGACCCUUGCAAUAAUCAAUGUGGAUCUGGUGCUCAGUGCCAAGCAAAACAGCACAUAGCUAUUUGCACAUGUCCUGUGGGUACCCAAGGAGAUGCUCUAGUGACUUGUAAAGCUACUAAAACUUACCCUGUAGCGCAAUUUAAUUAAAUUUCCGAAAAUGGGGAAAAUUCUUAUGCGAAAUCAUUUAUUUACAUUAUUAUGGAAAUUUGACAGUUAUACUACAUUUCUAACGAAAAUUAAUUCUAGGUGUCAACAAAUAUACGUGUACCAACAUAUUACGAGAACAACUAAUAGUGAUCUACUUAAGCAUUAUUACAUUAUUUGUAUGAACGUUCGUUAAUAAAACUAUGUAUUAACUGAA